GAAACAAGCCCUCGAAGGGGGAAAGGAAAAAAAAAACAGCGGAGCGGGUUUCCGACUCCGCAAUUUCCUUGCUUCUCGCCGGCCGCAGCGCCACGCCGCCACCCGCACGCCUCCACUCGACUCCGAGCAAUUCCCCCUCCCAGCGCGCCCGAUCUAUGGCUCGAGGAAAGCCACGGUGCCCCAAGGCCUUGGCGUUAGGCGGCCGCGGGUGGAGGAGGCAUAUCCACUUCCUUUGCGCCAGUUUCCGCUCUUUUUACCGGUGGCGGCCGCUGCCUGCUGCUACAGGGACGAAGAGGAAGGGGAGUGCUGGCGCCGGCACCGAAAAGAGGUGGGCUAAGAGGAGGAUUGGCCAGGAGAGGGCUCCAUCUCGUUCUGGUACAGCCAAGAGGAAGGCCGCAGGAGGCGACGACGGCCUCGAGAAGGAGGCCAAGAGGAGGAAGACGGAUCAGGACGAGACCACCCAGAGGAAGGCGCAAUCAGACGGCCGUGACCCAGAUGAGGAUGGUGGCGACGAAGACUACGAGGAUGAUGAUGAUGAGGCGGUGGUCCUGCCGGACGUACCGCGCCCGAUCAUUUGGGGAAGGAGGAGCCGCAAAGACGGCAAGCCAUGGACUUGCGACUGCGGCACCGUCAACGAGCCGUCUCGGCAUCUCUUCGUUGACCUCCCGGCGUUCGAGUGCAGCAAUUGCAAGAAGCCGGGUCGUGCUUGUUUCAAGUUUUCGUUUGCCAACCUUGUUUGCAACGGUGUUUGCCCAAUUGGCAAGAUCAAAAAUCAGAAGAAAACAGAUUACUGCAUCGCACAUUCAUUGACAAUGCAAGCUGAAAUGACCAUGAGGAUAAUGAGUGUGCUAUCAGGCGCAGCUAGAGAUUCAGAGAAAGGUUUUCGCAUACUUGAUCCUUACAGUCUACUAACCCAUGAUAUAAUGACAAUGGAGGAUGAUGAUGGGCGGCCUGAUUUCUUCAGUAGCAGAGCAAUAGAGAGGAUAGCAGAGGUGGUUGCACAUACCGGCAUAGAUGACAUGAGAUAUGAAGUUAGGUACAAGGCUGGUAAGGUGGAAAGAGUUGACACGGACUUUUGUACCAUCUGCCGCAUUCUAGCAGAUGGUUACCCUCUUUCCACAAGUAUCAUUCCUGGACUCAAAUUUUAUGGCUUACCGUAUGGAAAAGUCUACAAGUCUCGGUACAAUGCCAAAAAUUUUCUAGAAAAAAUCCCAAAAGACUACGGAGUCGACUGCCAUUUUGUUGUUCUGGUUGGUGCGAGUAGGAGUGAGAUUCGUGACUCUUACUAUUUUGCCAACACUUAUGGUGAUAAGUACUGCCUUAGGAUUAACAGAGUUACUGGAACCAAGUCUGGAGGGAUUGGAAAACUCCGUGCAAAGGAUGUUGCUGAGAAGCCAUUUCAAUUCAUUCGGCUUGCUAAGGUUGAAUGAAAAAAUUACAGGUGAUUCAUCUAUUACUUCGAGUUGAUUUCUGAAGAUGGUUUAGCUGUCCUACUCUUUUCCUCUUGAACUCUUGAUGGGAAUGCGUCAGAACUUCAGAUACAGAGAAGUGACCUAGUGUUUCCGUGCUUAACAUUCGGUUGAUAGGACUCAUUUCAGUAGGUGUUUGCCAAUACCUUGUUUCUACUUUUUUGGGACAUCUGUACUCCAUCGUGGUGCCUGAUGUGGCUUUUGAUGAGAUCACCACCGCCAACUCUUCGACCAUCUUCUUGACAAGGGAACUGAUACUCCAGAAUGCCCACCAAACGUCCAAACCAUCACCCUGACAUUUAUGGUAGCGUGGUCAUUGAUGUGUAGGAGUAUGCCUCUUGGUGAAUAUUCUGGAUGUAUUAUUGGCAGGACUGUCGUGUUUGCUUUCCCCGAGCGACCGUUCCUGGAGAUGAUUGCUGGUACAUGUUUGGCCUCUGGUUAUUGUCCUUACUUUUC